AUGUGGCGCUUGGCCACAAUCUUCUCACAGAUGAGGGCUUCAUUCGAAGCUGCCCCAUGCGCCGGCGAGGACUUGGUUAGCCAGCUGAGAGCUUGCAGGGAGGAGCUGAAGAAGUUCAUCAACGAGCAGAACUGUGCGCCGAUCCUUAUCCGCCUCGCGUGGCACGACUCCGGAACCUUUGACCAGCGCAUUACGGAGUUCCCUCAGCGAGGAGGGGCCAACGGUGCCAUCCGUUUCGAGCCUGAGAUGACCAUGGGAGCCAACGCAGGCUUGGACAAGGCCAAGCGAUACCUCGAAGCCUUCGCCAAGAAGUAUCCCCUUAUCUCCUGGGCGGACCUGAUCCAGUUGGCCUCGGCCACCGCCGUGGAGGUGACUGGUGGCCCGGUGAUCGACAUGGUCUACGGCCGAGUAGCAGUGGCAGGUCCUCAGGACUGCGUUGGUGCAACAUCCCGACAGGGCUUUGCCGGCAAUGCUGGUUUGCCGGAUGCUCUGCCGCCUUUUGGCUGCGGUGCGACGACCCCGGCGGAGCACUUGCGCAAUGUCUUCACGAAAAAGAUGGGCUUCAACGACCAGGAGAUCGUGGCGCUUUCGGGUGCCCACACCGUGGGUCGAGCUUUCAAGGAGCGGAGCGGGGCUUGCCCCUUCGGCUAUGGCGAUGCGAGUGCCUCAAAGCACACCAAGUCCACAUGCAAAGUCCGAAAGGACAAUGCCGACGGCGUAGGCAUGGCUGGUGGUUGCCCCUGGACGAAAAACUGGCUUACCUUCGACAACUCCUACUUCAGCCGCUACAAGGACGCGAUGGCAGACGACAACCUCCUCUGGUUUCCUACGGAUGAGGCGCUUCAUACCGAUCCAGGCUUCAAGCCGCACUUCGACAAGUACGCAGCAGACCAGAAUGCCUUCUUUGCCGACUAUGCCCGAGCGCACAAGAAGCUGUCGGAGCUAGGAGCGAAAUUCGAGCCACAGGGAGGUGUAAAAAUCUAA